AUGGAGCCAUUAACAUUUCCAUUUCACCACCGUGACGAAGAGUCGAUUGAGUGCUGGGACGAUGACGAUGACUUGCUAUGCGACGAUAUCCAAUUGCGAGCCGCGUCAACUGCUACUUCUGUAACGAAUUCAUCCGUUCGCCGCUCGGGGCAUCGAGAUUCAAUAUCCUCACGCCUUUCUGCACGCUCCGACCUUGAUUCCAACCCGGGCGGUGAUGAGGACUGGCAAGUUCCUCUUGUGGCUGGCGGGGACAUUGUGAGCGAAGAAGCCAUUACGUCUGCUCGGAACGCGGGAAUCCCACUACCUUCGAAUAUUUCUGGAUCGGCCCUUGUUGGCGGAACUAUUAGACGUCUCGGGAGUAGGAAGCCUAAGAAAUGUUUGAUUGAUGAUUGGUCUGAGGACGUGGAGUUCCCAGGCCCGGAAAGUGUUCUGGAAUUGAAGAGUCCGCCAAAGGGAUCUUUCCCAGAAUCUAUCCGGCAGGUCAACUCUCCCACAAGAAGUCCGAUAAAGGGCUCCAAUCCCGCUUGCUGGGGCGAUUAUCAUACCCCGUCAUUCCCAGUAUCGGCACUUACAGUGCCGCCUGGAGACCAAGACAAUGAAGAAGACGGCAGUCAAGAUGUUCCUACAAUCAAAAUGGCGAAGCCUCGAUCCCCUCAUACGAGAGAUCCAGAGCGAAGACCUUGGGAUGACAUACCAAAGAAUCUGACUGAGGAUCUAGAAGACGACUUUGAAUUACCGGAAGCCUUUGACUUUCGACUUCCGCACCGAAAAGUCAACCCGCAGGGUUCAAUCGCCGCACCAGACGACUUGGACGUCGAUUGGUCUGAAGGCAGUAUUGGGGUUCGAUUCGGUGGCACUGGAAGAGACCACCGAUCGAACCCAAGUUCCUCUGUCUCUGUAAUCAGUCCCAGCGCCUCCAGUUGUCUCACCGGUGAAAGUGACGAUGAAGGCCUUGAUGGUCUUGUUAUCCCAGAAGGCCCAUUGAGUCUGGGAACGCCUCUGAAUCAUUCCCGAGAACCAAACACUGCAGUCGUGGACAACUCCGUGUCAAACACAAAUUUCCAGGACCCAGUUAAAACGGAAGACUUCUUCUCGGAUCUUGAGAUUGGCGAUCUCGACCCUUUCAGUCCCAGGAAGUUUACAGUCAAUCCGAAUGUCAAAUGCAAGAAAGAGCGCACAGACGGUUCGCCACGACGUUCGGCCACAACACUCACCUUUACGAAUACAACUGGGUCCCCAAGGACACGGAUUCCCCGUCUCUCCAACCACGAACGACAACAUUCAACCCACCUCGAAACCGUCUCAGAAAGCGGUGCACCACUGGCCAAGUUUCGGGCGUCUCAAUUCCGAGGCGACCAUUCCUAUCAUUCCUCUGCGCCUAGACAUUCUUCUGGCUCUACAUCACCAUCACCAGGACCCUUGACCCCAGCCCGACGGCUAGUUGGCACCCGGAUAUCGAGAGAUGCGCCGGUCGACAAAAGCGCCAGUGGCGGGAAACGAUUACUCAAUACAAAGAGAUCGAUGCCAACAAUGCGACACAUGCACCACACAACAUCAACAUCAUCUCGAGGUCCCCCUCGCAAGGAUGUGACGAACUGGUCCAAUCUUUACGCUAGCGGGUCUAGAAGCCCUGUUGACCGCGUAGGAAUUGAUACUAAAGCGGUUGGCCGUAAAUUACAGGCACCUUUCAUUCCAGCCGGGGCUUCUGAAAGACAGUCUCAUCACGCCAGCCUCAAAACCUAUCGACACUCUCGCCGAAGCGACUCGGAAGGUUCUAAUGACAUCUGUUAUCCACAAGGGCCUUCACCCCGAGUGUCCCGUCCGAAUCUCCGUGGGAGUUUGGGGGGUAGCUCCAGUGAUUUAAGCCCAGAGACCGUGAUGUCGAGCGCCUCACGAACGCUUACUCGGCCGGCUCGUCGGCGCCAUUUCGGCGAUGGCACAGAAUUGGCUUCCUUCGAUGAUUUGCCCACAUCUACUUCCGCUGAGAGCAAGUUCAUGAAGCAACCUUCUGGGCGAGGUGUGCCGAGAUCAUUCAAAAGCAAACUCGAGCGGAGUAACCCAGCUCCGCAGGGAACGGAUGUUCCUCGUCAGCAAGUACAACAAGCACAGCGUACACCAUCCAAAACAGGUGAUUUUACUCCGCGAUUUGCGCGCGAUACAAAUGCCUCGAGAAACGCCAGGGAACAGCGCAUUGCUUCGAUGACGUUUAACGUGAAGAAUCGUGAGAGCGACCUUUCUGAUUCUUUCAACGCGAACUUCAAAGCUCAGAGUGCCUCGCGCGUGCCGUCGGGUACAAGGACUAUCCGAAGCAAAAAAAGCCGGCCUCCUGUCGGCUCUAAAUCCAAGCCCCAGCUAAUCAAGCCAAUGGGGGCCGGUGUUCAGGAGCCCAAAUCUAUGAACGGCAUGCGAUACAACCCUAGCACUUUUCGUUGGGAAGGAAAUGAGAACCUAGUGCAGGAGUUUGAAACAAACUCGCCCAAAACGCCAAAGCCAGCGCCAGCGCUCAUAACCAACAUAGGCGCGAUGCAAAACGUACAGGUAGUUGGGGGGAUGAUCUUUGAUCCCCAGCGGAUGUGUUGGCUAAGGCUGGCUCCACUGCAACCUGGAACCAAGGGCCUGGUAGCGGUCCAGGAUGAGGACGAUGUUUUCGCUGGUCUUGACGACCUAGAAGAAAAAGGGAGGCUAUCUGGCGGGCGAAAUUCGGGUGCACAUGACGACCCUGGCCUUGGUGGAAGCGGGGAUGAUCGGAGUUGUGGAGGGUCGUCCGACGAAUGGCCCAUCACGGAGGAGUUCGACGUCGGUCCAGAAUUUGUCAAACGUCAGCGUGCAGAGGAAGACAAGUGGAGACGCAAGGUCGACAAAUGGACUACGUUCGAUCGUGGAGAACUCGGAGAUGGGUGGAGGUGGACCAUUCGAGAUUUGGUGGGAUUUGGCAGCAAUCUCGGGGCUCGGAGACUGAACGACGUAUGA